AUGAAUGGUGAUAAUUUCAAGGAAUGGUUUGAGGCUAUUCUACCUCGACUUGAGCCUAAUGCCAUUAUUGUUAUGGACAACGCACCAUACCAUUCCGUCAAAUUGGAAAAAUAUCCUAGUACACGUUGGAAUAAAGCCCAAUUAUCGGAGUGGCUUCAAUCAAAAGGUGUUAUUCUUGACAGACCAUUUUUGAAGCAUGAACUGAUGGCCAAAGUACGCGAAAUACCACGUAAUAAAUCCUAUGUAAUCGAUAAAAUUGCAGAAGACGCAGGACACACCGUACUCCGAUUACCACCCUAUCAUUGUGAAUUUAAUCCAAUUGAAUUGGCAUGGGCUAUGGUAAAAGGUUACGCGAAACGCGAAAACACGACGUUUAAGACCGACGACGUUCGCCAACUUCUUCAUACGUUAAUUGAAAGGGUGACAUCAGAAAAUUGGCAAAAUUUUAUCAAACAUGUCAUCGAAGAAGAAGAGAAAAUAUGGAAAGUCGACGAUAUCAUGGACGAAAUGAUUGACCAAAUAACAAUAACGGGAGACACUGAUUCUGAUUAUGACUAA